GCCCGCGUCCCCUUUCAUCGGCCCCCGAGGGGGCUCCGGUGGACACAUGCGGGCCCGGCCGUGCCUCCGGACGCCGGCUCGCGAAUGAAGGACGGGGCCGCGAGCCCAGCCGAGGCUGCCCUCCGGACCUGCGUCCCUCCCCGCGGGACCUCGGGUCUGUUUGGGCCGCAGGGCAGCUCCCGGGGGUCUGGGAGCGGAGGCCACAUUUGAGAAACCCCGUCAUCACCAGCCCCUGGGCGCCCUGCACAUCUUCCAGGCGUCCUGCACCCUCAUCUGAGGGGGUGCUGGCUGAGCGCCUUUAGGGGGGCCCGGCGGGGCGCGUCUGAUCUGCGGGGAGAGCUUCCUGGCUCCCGGGAGGAAACGCCCCGAAUGCUGAAAGGGGACGGGGAGGGCAGACGUCAGGCGCUCGGUAGCUGGAGAGGGGAGACCCAGGGGGCCACAGCACCCAAGUCAGUCACCCGGACCCUUCCCUGGCCCCAGCACCUGGGUCCCUGUCCUGAGGAUUUGGAACAGUGGCGGGGAUGAGGCCUGGGGGCAGGAGCAUGGCCUUUCCCAGCGCCCCCAUGUCCUCAGCAGGUGCUGACCGCAGCUGGCCUGGUGCGUGCGGGGUCGGGCGCCUGCUCCUCAGAAGGCUGCAGCUGCACCAAGCCUCACACCACACCCCUGGGCUCCCUCCCCAAGCCCUGGCUGUGCCUCAGCCCGCCUUGUGCCGGCCAGGGCGCACUGGCCGUCGCCCGAGAGGUCAGGCCCCGGGAGCAGAGACUGUCCAUCCCUAGUUCCUGGCGCUGCAGACAGUGGGUGGCGACAGAGGUCGGGACCAGCAGCCAGUGGAGACCAGGCAGGGCAAAACAAAGGUGGGGUUUGGCAGGGCCAGGGCAAAGUCCCACGGGGUGCCGGCAGAGCGGCCAGGGCGCAAGGGCUGGCUGCGCGUGGGCUGCGGGCGCGCCUCUGAGCAGGAGCAGGAGCAGGCGCCAUGGGCUCCCGGACGAGGCUGGCGCUGCUGCUGCUGCUGCCACCGCUGCUGUGGCUGCUGGGCGGCCUGGGGCAGGCCAUGGGGCUCUCCGCAGCGGCCUUGAUCCUGCGCUGGCUCCUGGGGGACCUGGGCCUGGGGCUGCUCCUGGGGUUGGCGGUGCUGGCAGGGCCUGGGCUCAGCUGGGUGCCCCCGGGGCUGAGCCUGGCGGCCGCUGCCCUCACCCUAGCACUGCUGCCAGCACGGCCGCCCCCGGGCCUGCGCUGGCUGCCCACAGACCUGGCCUACGUCGUGCGGCUCCUCCACCUGGGGCUGAGGAUCCUGGCACGCCAGGGCCGCCGCCCGCUUGCCACCUUCGUGGAAACGCUGGAGCGGAGGGCGCGUGCACAGCCGGACGGCGUAGCCUUGGUGUGGACGGGGCCCAGGGGCCGCCCGGUCACCUUCAGGGAGCUGGACGAGCGGGCCUGCAGGGCAGCCUGGGCCCUGAAGGGCGGAGAGCCAGGCAGCCCUGCGGGGCUGCCCACCGGGGACACGGCCGCGCUUCUGGUGCUGCCUGCGCAGACCGUCCCAGCCCUGGGCCUGUGGCUGGGGCUGGCCAAGCUGGGUUGCCCCGUGGCCUGGAUCAACCCGCAGGCCCGCGGGGCGCCCCUGGCACACUCCGUGCUCAGUUCUGGGGCUCGGCUUCUGCUGGUGGACCCAGACCUGCGGGAGCCGCUGGAGGAGAUCCUGCCCCAGCUGCUGGCCCAGGACGUGCGCUGCCUGUACCUCGGCUGCUCCUCCCCCACCCCCGGCGUGGGGGCGCUGGGGCCGGCCCUGGAGCGGGCGCCCACCACCCCCGUGCCCGCGGACGUGCGCGCCGGGGUCUCGUGGCGCAGCCCGGCCCUGUUUAUCUACACCUCGGGGACCACUGGGCUCCCGAAGCCGGUGGUCCUCACCCACCGGCGGCUGCUCUUCAUGUGCGGGACGCUGCCCCUGUGCGGGGUCACGGCCGCCGACGUGGUCUACAACGUCCUGCCCAUGUACCAUGUGAUGGGGCUGGUCCUCGGGGUGCUCAGCUGCCUGGAGGUCGGGGCAACCUGUGUCCUGACCCCGAAGUUCUCUGCCUCCCGCUUCUGGGACGACUGUCGGCAGCACGGUGUGACUGUGAUCCAGUAUGUGGGCGAGGUUCUGCGGUACCUGUGUAACACUCCUCAGCACCCCGAGGAGCGGACGCACCGCGUGCGCCUGGCGAUGGGCAACGGGCUGCGCGCGGACGUGUGGGCGGCCUUCCAGCGGCGCUUCGGGCCCGUGCGCGUGCUCGAGGUCUACGGCUCCACCGAGGGCAACGUGGGCUUCGUCAACUACCCGGGGCGCUGCGGGGCCGUGGGCAAGACCAGCUGCCUGCUGCGGGCGCUGAACCCCUUCGAGCUGGUCCGGUUCGACGUCGAGGCGGCGGAGCCCGCGCGGGACGGCCGGGGCCUCUGCAUCCCCGCGCGCGCAGGGGAGCCGGGGCUGCUGCUGACCCAGGUGCUCGGCCGCGCCCCCUUCGAGGGCUACCGCGGGCCCCGCGAGCUGUCGGAGCGCAAGCUGGUGCGGGACGUGCGGCGCGCGGGCGACGUGUACCUCAACACCGGGGACGUGCUGGCCAUGGACGGCGAGGGCUUCCUGUACUUCCGCGACCGGCUGGGGGACACCUUCCGGUGGAAGGGGGAGAACGUGUCCACGCGGGAGGUGGAGGGCGUGCUGCUGCUGCUGGCGGACUUCCUGCGGGAGGUGAACGUCUACGGCGUGUCCGUGCCAGGGUGUGAGGGCAAGGUGGGCAUGGCUGCCGUGCGGCUGGUCCCCGGCCGCUCCUUCGACGGGCGGAAGCUGUACCAGCACGUCCGCGCCUGGCUGCCUGCCUACGCAACCCCCCACUUCAUCCGUGUCCAGGAGACCCUGGAGGUGACCAGCACCUUCAAGCUGCUGAAAUCGCGGCUGGUGCGUGAGGGCUUCAACGUGGGCACCAUCGCCGAUCCCCUGUUCAUGCUGGACCACCAGGCCCAGACCUUCCGGCCCCUGACAGCGGACACCUACCAGGCCGUGUGCGAGGGAACCUGGAGACUCUGACCGAGCAGCCCCUCUCCGGGGCCACCUCCACCCCAGGCCUUUAGGGGGCUGUCCUGAGGCCCAGCUUGGCCUGUCCCCUGCUGCCCAGCGUAGGGCGGGGCUGGUAUGACCCUGGGCGGGCGUCAGAAAAUAAAAUCGGUUGUGUGCACAAACCUUCAUGCAUGGAGACACCAGCAGCGCCCCCGGGACCUUUGGGGUGCCUUCCUCUGCACCAAGGCACAAGACCAGCCUGGCCAUGCCAGCCGUGUGGGAGGAGUUGGCAGACCUGGACCAGGAGGGUGCAGGCAGAGGUGACUGGGGGUCUUCUGUGGCUCAGGAGACACCCAGGCCGGGCUGAAGGGCGCGGGUGUGGCAGGAGAUGGGUGCUGGGCUGGGGCGAGAAGGGUGAAGGGAAGGAAGCGGGACAGGAGCUGCUGAGCAUGCCUGGGAAGCCCUGGCCCCACAGAGGUCUUCCUGGGCACCUGGGGACUGCAGGUGAGACAGACGGCAUGAAGGGGGCUGGUGUUGCCCGCAGGCGUGUCCUGGCUGCAGGCGGAGGGUGCCCUGGGCUCAGCCUGCGUGGGGUCCAGA